AUGAAUCCAUAUCAACUACUAUACAUUAUCUACCCACUAUUCAUCUUAAUCAACCUUGUCCAAACACUCGAAGUCACGAUAAACGAUGUCAAGAUUGAUAAUCCCACACACAUAGUCAAGUCCAAAUUCAAAAAAUAUAUGCCUGAAUUACAAGAUAGUUUGGAAAUACCAGUACGUCCUAAUCAACAAACUAUCCGUGAAUCAUUUAUUCGUCCGCGUAUCGGAAUUAAUGGUGAACGGGUUAAUCAUCGUGGGAUCAAAUCGUUGUUUAAAAAGAAUAGGAACUUGGCAUCACCUUCAUCGCUUGUGCUGCCGCUGCCGCUGAUGUUGGCACUGACCUCGAUUCUGGAUGCUACAAAUACUGAUUACAACGAUUCCGAUGAUGACGAUGUUGAUAACGAUGACGUCUCAAUAACCCAAGUGGUAGAUCAACUUAAAGUCAACGAUACAACAUCAUCAACCAUUCAUUCACGUCCAUCUUGGAUCAAAAGUUUCCUCAAUUACAAAACCAAACAAACAAUGGUUCAUUCAAUGUCAGUUGACCCUUCCCGAAAAUCGGGUACCCAUAAAGCCUCCUCCCCGUAUAAAUAUUUAGACCUGAAAUUGAAAUCGAAAAUCACUGAAUAUGAAGAUUCAUUAAGUAAUCCAAAAGAUCUAAAACGAUGGGUCCAAUUGAUUGCCGAUAAACCAACAGCACCCACCAUAACUCACAAUCAAGAUGGCUCUUUAUCUUCAUCAACAUUCAGAUCUUCCUCAAUCCGUACUAAAGCAUUCACCACUGGCAGCAAAAAUGACCAACAACAACUUGAAAUUGAUAUUGAUGAAUUCAUAAACUACUUGAUCAAUGAACAAGGUUUUAACCGUGAUGAUUUACAAUUUUUGAGAAUGAAAAAUUUGGAUUAUGGAUUGGGUGAAAUUGAACAAGAAUUGAACAAGUUGAAAGAUCAACAAGGCAAACCGAAAGUCAUCAAAAUUGGUGGAGAAGAGGAUCAUGUUAAUGGAGGAAACAAGUUCAACGUUUAUCGUCAUCAUUUUUUUUCAUUGGUCAAUUUCUUUAUAUUUUUCCUAUUAUAA